GGGGUGAAAAGUUCUUUUUAUUCUGAAUGUGGGGAAGGUUUUACGGCAUUAGCAGGCCUCACGUCACACCAGGGAACCCACACAGCAGAGAAGCCUUAUUCCUGUUCUGAGUGUGGGAAGCAAUUUUCCUCCAAGAGGGUUCUUGCUAAGCACCAGAGAAUUCACACCGGGAAAUGUUUUACACAGAAGUCCUCACUUAUCACACACAAAAGAGUUCACACAGGGGAGAAGCCAUAUCCAUGUUCUGAAUGCGGGAAGUGUUUUUCUUUGUCUGCACAUCUUCUUUUACAUGAGAGGACUCACACUGGAGAGAAGCCGUUCUCAUGCCCCGAAUGUGGGAAAUGCUUCAAGCAAAAGUCAGCUGUACUCAUGCACCAGAGAACUCACACGGGACUGAAGCCGUUUUCAUGUUCCGAAUGCGGAAAAUGUUUCUCCCGGAAAACAGCCCUGAUCACACACCAGCGUGUGCACACGGGAGAGAAGCCAUAUUCCUGUCCAGAGUGCGGAAAAUGUUUUGCUGAUAGAUCACACCUUAUCCAUCAUGAGAAGACUCACAUGGCUGAAAAGCCCUUUUCAUGUGUGGAAUGCGGAAAGUCUUAUACUCAGAGAGGGAAUCUUAUUUUGCACCAGAGGACUCACUCGGGGGACAAACCGUUUUCAUGCCCUGAAUGCGGGAAAUGCUUUUCUCAAAAAAACCAUCUCAUCAGGCACCAGAGAUGCCACACGAAAUGUUUUUCCGAGAAACGAUAUCUUAUUUCCCACCAGUCGGCUCACACGGGGUUGAAGCCGCAUUCGUGUUCAGAAUGUGGAAAAUGUUUUACUGACAAAUCGUAUCUUGUCAAACAUGUGAGAGUUCACACUGGCGAAAGCCCAUAUUCGUGUUCCGAGUGUGGGAGAUACUUUACAGACAAAUCAUCCCUGACUAAACACGAGCGAGGCCACACGAAAUGUUUUACCGAGAGGCGGUAUCUUAUUUCACAUCAGGCAGCUCAUACUGGAGUUAAACCCUAUUCGUGCUCAGUGUGCGGGAAAUGUUUUACGGAUAGGUCAUAUCUUGCCAUACAUCAGAUUAUUCACACUGGCGAUCGCCCGUAUUCCUGUUCAGAGUGUGGAAAAGGGUUUACACAAAGAUCAAAUCUGAUUAGGCAUGAGAGAGUCCACACUGGUGUUCAACCAUAUUCAUGUGUUGAGUGUGGGAGACGGUUUACCCAGAAAAUCGAUCUGGUUAGGCAUGAAAAGGUCCACAAACGUGUCCAUCCUUACUCGUGUUCAGAAUGCAAGCAGAGUUUUAUCCACAGAGGAACUCUCAUCUCACACCAGCUGACCCACAUGGGGCAAAAUCAUAGUCAUGUUCCAGCUACAGGAAAUGCUAACAUUCCGCUUAGUGACCACAGGUAG